GAUGGACAGCCUGAUAUCCUCUACACCUUCUGGACUGAUGUCACCAGCACCCUCAGUGAGGAGUUCCACAGAGCGACUGAAGCCUCGUCCUUCCUGAAGCAGGCGUUUGAAGGAGAGUAUCCGAAGCUGCUGCGCCUGUACAACGAACUGUGGCGGCGCCUGCAGCAGUACAGCGCCAGCCUGCAGGGGGCGCUAAACAGUGGCGCAGGAAUAGAAGCUUCUUUGGACAUCAGCGCCACAGAGUCAGACACCCAGGACCUCUUCACACAUGGAAAACAGGACUACAACCCAGAGAAGGCUCUGAAAGACUCUCUUCAGCCGUACGAGUCCGCCUACCUCUCCAAGUCCCUCUCUCGCCUGUUUGAUCCCAUCAACCUCGUGUUCCCCAUGGGGGGCCGCAACCCCCCCUCCAACGACGAGCUGGACAGCAUCAUCAAGACCAUCAGCAGUGAGCUGAAUGUGGCAUCAGUAGAUCCAAACCUGGCUCUGGCUGUGUCCAAGAACGUUGCCAAGACAGUCCAACUGUUCUGUGUGAAGAGUGAGCAGCUGCUGUGCACUCAGGGGGAAUGCAGCCAGGUGAUUGGUCCGUUAACGGAGGGCCAGAGGAGGAAUGUGGCUGUGGUCAACUCCCUGUACCGUCUGCAGCAGGCUGUCAACAAGGUCAGAAUCCUGCCGUCUACUCAACAAUAAACAGAGGCUAGCAAAAGUAUCCAACCCCCCCAACAUGUGUUGGAUUUGU